AAGAUCAAAGCUGCAGGAGAAUGGACAGUGAGGUACAGAGAGAUGGAAGGAUCUUGGACUUGAUUGACGAUGCUUGGCGAGAAGACAAGCUACCAUAUGAGGAUGUUGCAAUACCACUGAAUGAGCUUCCUGAACCUGAACAGGACAACGGUGGCACCACAGAAUCUGUUAAAGAACAAGAAAUGAAGUGGACCGACUUGGCCUUACAGUAUCUCCAUGAGAAUGUUCCCCCUAUAGGAAACUAACACCUGGCUCCUUCUUCAUGGACAGAUUUUUGAAAAAUACAUAGAUACAAAAUGUUUUCUUUCAUCUCCUCAUUCAGAUCUUGAAGUGGUACAUCUACACUCAAAAAUGUACACCCACCUAGUUUUUGUGACAGCAGAAUGCAGUGUGGAAAUACCAGAAUGAGGAAUUGAUUGAGAUUUCUCAGGAAUGCCGAGUAUUUGGCCCUUUGAACCAAAAGUUCUUCAUUCACUAGCUUGUGUUUGAAUGUGACUGGU